ACGUGCAGAAAUUUCAUGCUGACACGUCUGUAAAAAAGAUAUUAUUUUUAUUUUAUUGAUUUAAAAAACCUCAACAAACCCUGCUAAGCCUGAAGCUGCUUUAUCCUUGAGUUUCAAGAAGAAGAUCACAUCUUGAAUAUUCAGAUGGAUAUUCUAGGCACUUCACUUUGUCUUGGACUGUUGGUCUUGCUGGUAGAAGGCAAGAAAGAUGGAGAUUUGUACUGUACAGUUUGUCGCAUCGUAGUUGAUGAACUGGCAUAUGCAAUCAGUCAAGUCAGUCCAGACAAGAAAGUACAAGUGGGAAGUUUCCGAAUUGAUCCACAGGGAAAUCAAGCACGAUACAUGGUUCCAUACGCCAGAUCAGACGUUCAUAUCACAGAGAUGCUGGAACAGGUGUGUGACAAAAUGGGCGACUAUGCCGAGAUGACCCACGAUGGCCAAACAAACAUCGUUCGCACUUCGGCGAGGGAUGGAAAAUACAUAUCAUUAAAAAAAGUUGAUGUGAACCCAGAUUUACAUAAAAAGUUAAAAUUUUAUUGUGAGUCAGUGUUAGAGGAACAUGAGGAUGAUAUUGUUGGUCUGCUGAAGAAGGAAAAUAUUCCAAACACCAGUCUGGAGAGUAUUCUGUGUGGAGAAAUUUCAGCGGCAUGCUCCGAAAAACAGCUCAGUGUUCCACUGGCUACAGGACUGGCAGAGGUAGAUACGAUGCCCGAAGAAGAUGAAGAAAAACCAGACGAAGAUGCAGACACACCCGAUGAAGCUGGCGGUGUUGACAAACAAGAGGAAGGUGAUAAGAAGGAAAACGAGGGUGACGAUGAAGAUGGUGCAGACGAAAAUGUUAUAAAGGAGGAAUUAUGAGUUCUAAUGUCUGAAAGAUUUUUUAAUUAUAAGAUGAUAAGUAGGCGACCAACUUGACAUCUAAACAUGGAAACACUAUCUAUACAGGGUGUUAGUUGAUAUGUGCAAUUUUUGAGAGUUUUGUAAAUAUAUGAUUGUAACUAAGCAUCCAGUUGAUAUUCAAAAUAUAGUGACACUAACAGUACAGGGUUUUAGUUGAUCUGUGCUAUUUGGGUUAGCAUUUUCUAACUAGAUGUGUAAAGUCAUUACUAGGGGGUCUAAGCAUCCAGUUGAUAUAUCUAAACCAUGGUAACAUUUUCCAUACACAAUUUUGCUUAAUAUAAAUGAAGAAUCAUGAGCGCUUUUGUUUUUAUCCUUGUCCUUAAUUAUUCAGCUGUUUAAUAUCUAAAACCAUGGUGACUCUAAUCAGAAAGGAUUACAGUUUAUAAACAACGAAAUAUGUUUGCUAUAUUUGAUAAAUUUGUACUCCUAAGGUCUGAACUAUACAAAGACUCCAGUUAAUAUCUAAAACCAGGGAACAUUUUGUUUGCCAAAAAUUGAUUAGUGAUAUAUCUAGUCAGUUGAAAAUUGAUUAGCAACUACUGUUUAAUGUUGUAAAAUGUUUUAGCAAUCUCUGAAACUUGUGUAGUGAAUCGCAAUACGAUACUAAACAAAAUGUUCCCUGAAAAUCUGUGGUAACACCUAUCCAUACAUUGUUUUGUUAUAAAGGAGGAAUUAUUUGUGCUAUUUUUGAUAAGUUUAUAAUUAUGAAAUCUUUAUUAGCACUAAAUUGAUAACAAAAUCCAUUGAAAACUUACAUAUUUAAGAUAGUUAUCAGGUACUCAUUUGUAUUUUAACUGCUUGGAAAAUUUACCCUUUUGAAAUAUAGGUUAGAUAAAAUGUCAUUGUUAGCAGUUGUCUGUACUUAUAUUAAAAAUCUGUACUUAUAUUAAAAAUCUGUACUUAUAUUAAAAAUCUGUAACACCCACCUCACCCCCUGCAAAAAUAUUUUUGUUAACUAAUUAAUAAUAGACAAACUAAAUGCUCACAAUACAUGUUUUAGACAUUUAAAGUUCAAAAUAUCCUGGUGGUGGAUUAGGCACUGUUCUUAUGAACAUUUUAGAGUCAAGACUCAAGAGUCUAAUAGAGACAUGGCAACACCAUACAAAUUGCACGCAUGUGUGUGAUGUCUUUAAAUACUUAGUCUGUACUAAAGUGUUAUAAGCAUAUCCCAUAUGAUCAUAUAUGUAUUCAUAGACUACUGUCUCUCCUCUAUCCCUCAAUAAAUACAUAAAAUAAAACACAUUUACCUAGAGGGUCUUGUAAGCAAAUCAGAUAUUGGGAAAAUUCCUGAAUUAACGUGUAGAGUAUGAUGCCUAAAAACAGAUGAUGAUACAUCAGAGAGAACACGUUAUGCCUUGUGCUUUCAAGCCUUAUGCCUUGUGCUUUCCUUAGUAUUUUUAAUAAUAAAGUAAGCUAGAUACAUAUGAAAAUUUAAGAAUGUGAUUAAGAAUUUUGAUUAUGUUGUACUAAGAUUUGUUUCAUUUAGACAUCUCUUUUUAAUUUGCCCUGUAAUAACCUUGUUUUUUAAACAAAAAUUACAAUUCAUGUAGAAGAAAAAUAAAAGUUAAUUUUUGUUUUCGCCUUUAUGAAGUAAAAAGGCAAGAUAUGGGUAUUAUUUUUUAAUGACGGUGAUAAUGAUGGUGUCAUCUUUUGCAUUUAGCUCAAUGUUAAAAUUACUCAUUUACAUGUAGCUCCAUCAGUCAUAAACUAUUAGUCCUACAUCAGUGAAACUUGGUUUAUAGUCACAUCUAUGAAUAUUCUUUUCAAUGCAUGUUAAAACAAUUUUGAAAUUUAUUAAAUUAAACUUUUAAUUAAAGUUUUUUUAAACAUACAUUGCGAUGGUUUAUGUGGGCAAGUUAUUUAAUUCAGUGAAUUUUUUUUUUUUAAUUUUCAUUGGUUUAACAUUUUGGGUUUAGCAAGUUUCAUAUUGUCAUCCAUUUCAGUGUUUGUUACAAUGUAUAUCACUUGUUGAAAAAAAAUUUCUGUGAAAGUUUUUCUGCAUGCAUGUGUUAAAAUUGAGUUUGUUUAUAUUUAUGAGAGUUGUAUGUUACAGCAUAUGUUAUUUGAGAAAUGUUUUGAAAUAAUAUUUAUGCAGUUUGUGAACACUCUUAAGAUAAAUGCAUUUAUGGUAUAUGAAUUUGUAGGUUGAUCUUCAUUUUUUUUGGAGUCCUGUCAGUUUUUCUUGGCUUUUUAUAAUCAAAAAUAUUCUUAUUACAACGAAAACAGAUUUUUAAUUUUAAAAACCCAGCCGUGUACGUGGGUAUUUUUUUGAAAGAAAUUUGAUAAUGUCAAGAAUGGGGACAUAGGUUAUUAACUUAAAUUCAGUAUUUGUUAAUGCGCCAUUUGUUACAUUUGGCAAUUUUGAAAUGGUUUUGCCAUAGGUAAAAUGCUCACCCAUGGCAAGUUUGAGCCUGCAUGCCUACAGCAAUUUUAAAACCAUAAUUUUUGCAGCAAAUGCAAAACCCCAAAAUUAUGUAUUUAACCCAUGGCAAUCAUUUUAAUCCAUAGACGAUCAAAUUCAAUUGGUAAAAUCCCGACAUAAUGAAAUUCAUACUGUAACUACAGUAACUGCUGUUGAUGCUGCUGUUAAGUUCAAGUUCUGAUGUGUGCAUACAAUGUACAUAUAUACCUACCUACAUAAAUACAUUCGUAUACACACACUUAUACACACGUUCUUAUGCAUGCACACACUUAUACACACGUUCUUAUGCAUGCACAAACUUAUACACACGUUCUUAUGCAUGCACACACUUAUACACACGUUCUUAUGCAUGCACACACUUAUACACACGUUCUUAUGCAUGCACACACUUAUACACACGUUCUUAUGCAUGCACACACUUAUACACACGUUCUUAUGCAUGCACACACUUAUACACACGUUCUUAUGCAUGCACGCACUCAUGCACUCAUACACACAUGCAUGCACGCACAAACGCAUGCAUGCACUCAUACACACAUGCAUGCACACACACACGCAUGCAUACACACACAUUGUACAAUGGCAGUUUUCAAAGUGGCCUCCGGAUAGAAAAGAGUAAAAGAAGUACCGGAUUUUAGAUAGUCUCUCAGGUUAUAUGUAUAAUGGUUGUACAUGUAUCUAUAUACACAUCCGUAUGUACAUUGUUUAAUCAGACAUACUUUAUACAUCUCUUCACAUGUUAUACAUGUGAUCUAACAUUACAUAUACAAGUGUCCACAUGUUAUACAUGUGUGUGAGUUAAUAUCUGAUAAAUUUGCAUAUCUGUUAAACUGUAUUAAAUGUGUGAACUAAAAUGUUUAUCAUAUACAUAUGUACCAUUUUGUUUGAUUGCUACAUGCAUAUAACUUGAUUCAUUGUGCAUAACUGUGACACAGUUUUAGUGAAGUUAUAUAGAUCACCAGUUUUUACUGUGUUAAUAUUUUCCCCAGUUUGGGUUCAUUUGGAUAAUAACCAUUUACGAAUAAAAGAGACUAUGCCCAGUUUGUAGCCAUUAGAACAGGAAGUUAAUUAAUCUACUCACUCAUAACAUUUCUGGGUAAUAAAACCUACAACCUACCGGUCCAACCAGAGAGGACUAUAGGUUUCAUCUCCAUCCGUCUGUCUGUGUGUCCAACCAGAGAGGACUAUAGGUUUCAUCUCCAUCCGUCUGUCUGCGUGUCCAACCAGAGAGGACUAUAGGUUUCAUCUCCAUCCUUCUGUCCAUCCGUCCAUCUGUCCCACAUACAGUUUUCUGGAUGUUUUUUUUAAACAAUGCCUUAAAAUAUCAAACUGAAAUUUGUGUAUAGCUUUGUCAUGUUCUAUUACAGAUCAAGUUUGACUUUCAUGGCGACAUACCCAUUUUUCACAGUUAUGAAUUUUGGAGAUACAAACAUUUGUUGGGCUUGGAGGAUGACAUAACGUAUUGCUUUAGCAGUACUCACAGAAUACUUGUCAUCUCACUUGUAAUAAUAUAUAUAUAUAUAUAUUAAUUCUUGUCUGUGAAAUAAAUAAAAAAUUCAAUUUGUGACAAUCAGCUGAAUUAUAUCUUUACGUUCAGGCAUUUUGGAAAGUAGAAGUACAGUGUAUAUGAAGCACACCAGAGCCAAGGCGACAGUGAUGUAUGUGUACGGUUUGCUUUAGAAUCUAGGCCAUAUUUUCAGCUUGUUACCCGAUCCCGAAAGUGGGCAGGCUGACUGGGCCUUCUAAAUCUUCAUCUUGUACUUCAAUAAAAUUAUGUCAUCAAAAACAAUUCCUGAUAAGGGGCCAUCUGUAAAGUACGUACACACAAAAUCUAGGAUUUUUUUUAACACCCUUCCAAAUGUACAACUUUUGUAGAUUUGAUUGUUACUCCCCCUCCCCAUGAACUGUCAUUCUUCCGUAGUGAAAAAGUACAAUAGAUACAAUUGACAGCUUGCCAUAUAUACUCUGUCAGUGAAGCCCCCUCCCCGUCUCCUCUCCUGCACUCUCUUCAUAUGUAAUACUCCCCAUCUCUCCUCAGGGUGUACAUACAUUUGGGAUGCCCCCUUUAUAUAUGACUAAAUAAAAAUAAUUGCUUGUCUCCUGCUGGUAUAUGCUGAAACAACAUAAUUUUGUAGACCGAUGAGAAACGUUUUGUUUGUUGAAAAUUAUGAACAUCAAUGUAGUGUUGUACAAUUUGUUUUUGGUACUAAUUAAACCCCCCCCCCCCCCCCCAAAAAAAAAAGAAAAAAAAAAAGUAUUAGGUUGGCAGGUUAAAAUUAGGAUUGGUCAGAAAACCAGAAUCGAACAAUAUUUUAUGUUACACCUGGUAAGUUUUUUGUUUUGUUUUUGUUUUUUGUUUUUAAAUUAGUCUAUAAUUGCUUUGUUGUCCUCGACAGGAGCUAGCCUUUUAGCGUUGAUAUUCCAGGAGCCAUUGGUGCAUCAUAUAUUACGUGUCUGUGUGGAUGCUAAACGAACAAAGACAUUAGUAAAAAUGAAUCAAAUACAUGUACACAUUCCAUCCAAUUGCAUGUAUUUUGUAUGUAUGUAUUCAUUCUUCAUCUUGUUUUGCCAUAAACAAUUGUUCAUUAUCAA